AUGUCAUAUUUUAAACCCACAGACAACAACGCCCCAACUUAUGUAUAACCUCCUGGAGGAUAACCUCCAGCAUAUGGAGGAUAACCUCCAGUAUAUGGAGGAUAACCUCCAGUAUAUGGAGGAUAACCUCCAGCAUAUGGAGGAUAACCUCCAGCAUAUGGAGGGUAACCUCCAGCAUAUGGAGGAUAACCUCCUUAUUAGGGAGGCAAUGGAUAAUAUUAAGGAUAUCCUCCGAUUCAGGGACCCUAUUAAGCACCUGCUCAGGCUCCUUCAAAUUAAACUAAUAUUAAGUUUAUUUUCCAUCUCUAUAUAUUAGUUUUAACUUUACACCUGGAGUAGUAGUAGCUAAUGAUAGUAUAUGCAUAUUUUGCCGUACUCCCUAUGUUCUUCUUUCAUCAAGAAGAAUAGGGUGGUAAACUUUGAUAGCAGUUCUAUUAUUAAUAUUAAUUUUUUGGCCAUUAUGUUGGUUGCCAUUAAUCAUUGAUGAUUGUAAAGAUAAACACUAUCAUUGUUCAUAAUGUGGAGCAUUGAUAUACAAAAAAUCAUUUACCAUGUGCAGUUGA